UCCCUACUCCGACCUUCCUAGCGCACCCAAACAGUGGUCCAAAGAACCCGAAGUUUCUCGCUCUCCUUCCUCGCAGGCCCACCCACCUCGAUCCGCCCACACAAAGCACGCACACCGCCUCCCGAAUUGAUCCCCCAAUAAAACGCGCCCUCUCCACGUCUCCGCCACCACCGCCAUUCCACCGCGAGUACGCCGCCAUGGACACCGCCGCCGCCUCCCUCUUCGCCCCGGCCGCAGCCGCCAAGCCCCGCCACGUGCUCCGUCCCCUCCAUGUUCCCCGCGGCAUCCUCCCUCCCCGCUCCCACACCCGCGGACCCCUCGCCGUCCGCUGCGCCCACUCCCGAGCCCCUCCCCCGCCCCCGCCCCUCCCGCGCGCCGACGGACCCGAGGCCGCCGCCGGCUCGCACCCGCGGCUUCGCCUGCGCCGGCUCGCCGAGGAGUUCCGCGCGCUCCCGUCGGACGCGGACCGCGCGCGCCGGCUCCUCUCCCUCGCGUCCGCGCUCCCGCGGCUCCCGGAGCCCGACCGCGCCCCGGGCAACCGCGUCAUGGGCUGCGUCGCGCGGGUGUGGCUCGCCGCCCGCUGCGGCGGCGGCGGCCGGAUGCGCUUCGCGGCCGACUCCGACUCGGAGCUCUCGCGCGGGUACUGCGCCUGCCUCGUCGCCGCGCUCGACGGGGCCACGCCCGAGGAGGUGCUUGCCGUCGACCCCGCCGACCCCGGCCUCGCGCCGCUCGGGGCCGGGAUGGCGGCGGCGCGGUCGCGAGCCAGCACCUGGCACAACGUGCUCGUCGCCAUGCAGAAGCGGGCGCGGGCGGUCAUCGCCGCGCGCGAGGGCAGGCACCCCGGGGAGCCGUUCCCGUCGCUCGUCAUCGCGCGCGACGGCGCCGUGCGCGCGCACGGGAGCUACGCCGAGGCCCAGGCAAUGUUUUUAUCUCCUGAUGAGUCCAAGAUUUCAGACCUUGUGAAUAUCCUUAUGGAGAAAAAAAUUGGUGUUGUUGCACACUUUUAUAUGGAUCCUGAGGUGCAAGGCAUGCUCACUGCUGCAAAGAAACAGUGGCCCCACAUCCAUAUAUCAGAUUCCUUGGUAAUGGCAGAUAGCGCUGUUAAAAUGGCUGAAGCAGGAUGCGACUAUAUUACUGUGCUAGGUGUUGACUUCAUGUCAGAAAAUGUUCGGGCAAUACUUGAUCAAGCAGGAUUUAAUAAGGUUGGCGUUUAUAGAAUGUCCAGUGAACAGAUUGGCUGUUCGUUAGCUGAUGCUGCUUCAAGUUCUGAGUAUACUGAUUUUUUGAGGGAAGCGUCAGGAUCUUUUCCUUCUUUGCAUGUUAUUUACAUCAAUACUUCUCUGGAAACAAAAGCUCAUGCUCAUGAACUUGUUCCUACAAUUACCUGUACCUCUUCUAAUGUUGUUCCAACUAUACUACAGGCAUUUGCCCAAAUACCAGAUCUUAAUGUCUGGUAUGGUCCUGAUUCAUAUAUGGGUGCGAACAUAGCAGAUCUAUUUCAGAGAAUGGCUACCAUGUCAGAUGAAGAAAUCGCAAAAAUACAUCAAGAUCACAACAGGAAAUCUAUAAGUUCAUUAUUGCCACAUCUGCACUACUACCAGGAUGGCAACUGUAUGGUUCAUGACAUGUUUGGCCAUGAGGUUGUGGAGAAAAUAAAGGAACAAUAUUGUGAUGCAUUUCUGACAGCACACUUUGAGGUCCCUGGAGAAAUGUUCUCUUUGGCAAUGGAAGCAAAACCUAGGGGAAUGGGAGUUGUCGGAUCCACUCAGAACAUAUUAGAUUUCAUCAAGGAUCAUCUGAAGGGAGCUCUGGACAGAAAUGUAGAUGAACAUCUUCAGUUUGUCUUAGGAACAGAAUCAGGGAUGAUCACUUCAAUUGUUGCUGCUGUCCGGGAAUUACUUGAUAUGUAUAAUUCUUCUCAGGAGAGAGCAAAUAUUGAAGUAGAAAUUGUGUUCCCAGUUUCAGCAGAUGCUGUUUCUAAGACAUCUAUCAAUGGUUCACAUCAUGCUGGUUCUUCAGUAGCUGGUUUAGACAAUCUUACUGUUGUUCCUGGUGUGAGUUCUGGUGAAGGUUGCUCCAUUAAUGGAGGCUGUGCCUCAUGCCCCUACAUGAAGAUGAAUACCCUGGGGUCACUACUUAAGAUUUGCCGUCAGCUUCCUGAUAAAGAUAACAAAUUAUCUCUAUAUCAAGCAAGCAGAUUUAAUGUUAAGACUCCUCUUGGAAAAUCGGUUGCAGAGGUUGGGUGUGAGCCUAUUUUGCAUAUGAGGCAUUUCCAGGCAACAAAGAGGUUAUCCGACAAACUUGUUCAUCAGGUUGUCCAUGGUAAUGGAGAGAUACCUUCAUGAUAGCCGUUCGGCAAUACUUUUAUUGAUUCUAUCCAGGUGGUUGUGGUGAAUGAGUUCAGUUGUACCUCAACUGAAUGCUAUGUUUAGCUGGCAUAGCCCCAGGGAGUGCACUACCCGAUUUUGUAGUAUAUGGGGUUUUUGUGUUUUUGUAUUUGCCGGUGGAGAGAAAAAUGCCAACGAAUUGCAAGUUAGAUAAUUUGGGCUGACCUAUUGUUCCCGGUCAGGUCCUAUAUGUUCAACAGCUGUUGGGUAAAUUGCUUCAACAAGAUCGCAAAACAAUUCCGUGUGGCGCAUGUAACGGAUAAGGAAUCCUGUACGAAGUAUGGAUCAAGUUGUUAGAUUUGGGCGAGCCGAAACCAAACAGACUGAGAGACAUGACCCGCGGGUCGAGACACCAUGGACUAUUUCUUAUGUUGCUACAUUUGAGAUGAUGAGAAAAAAGACGAAGAUGAUGGCAUUCUGUUAUGGCUACGAAAGUUAGCUUUUACGUUGGAUAAAUUACUGUAGCAUUGUUUCCCUUGUUGCAUUGGAUAAAUUACUGUAUUGUUUUCCUUGCAACCAGAUCUAAUCGAUAUAUAUCAUAUGCAUAAGUUGAUACACAAUA